GGUAGCCGCUGCUCUUGGCUGGGUGCGCUGCCUUGUGUGUCUGCGGCGCCACUCAGUGAACUCGCCGGGCGGGAUUUCCGCAAAUUGAUAUCCGUCGAGUAUGGCGAAGACUUACGAUUAUUUGUUUAAACUGCUGUUGAUCGGGGACUCGGGAGUCGGGAAGACCUGUGUGCUGUUCAGAUUUUCAGAAGACGCCUUUAACUCGACUUUUAUCUCAACUAUAGGUAUCGAUUUCAAGAUUAGGACAAUAGAGUUAGAUGGCAAGAAGAUCAAGUUACAGAUAUGGGACACGGCGGGACAGGAGCGAUUCCGGACAAUCACGACGGCGUAUUACAGAGGCGCUAUGGGCAUCAUGCUGGUGUAUGACAUUACCAAUGAAAAAUCCUUCGACAACAUCAAGAAUUGGAUCAGGAACAUAGAAGAGCAUGCAUCAGCAGACGUGGAGAAAAUGAUUCUGGGGAACAAAUGUGACAUCAAUGAGAAGCGGCAAGUUUCCAAAGACAGAGGAGAGAAGCUGGCGUUAGAGUACGGCAUCAAGUUCAUGGAGACGAGUGCGAAGGCCAACAUCAACGUGGAAAAUGCGUUUUUAACACUCGCCAGAGACAUCAAAGCAAAGAUGGACACGAAACUGGAGGGCAACAAUCCCCAAGGCAGCAGUCAGGGAGUGAAGAUCACCACCGAGCAACAGAAAAAGAGCAGCUUCUUCCGCUGUGUUUUACUGUGAAGACUAAGGCCUUACUGUCCUUCACCCUGGGGGCUGGACUCAACUGGACUGUGCUCUUGUUUUUAAGCACUUCUCCCUCUCUCUCUCUCUCUCUCUCUCUCUCUCUUUCUCUCUCUCUCUAUCUAUCUAUCUAUCUAUCCUGCUCUGUCUGUUUCAGCACCUAUCUGCUUCCUGCCCUGGCACUACAGGAGUGCUCGGCUCCUCUCAUCUGCUUCCACUGAAACGUGACUGUUUCUUCCAGCUCGCCUGCUUUUUUUCGAACGAGGCCAAGGCAGACCAUCCAGCCCAUUGUAAUGUCUCCAUGACUGAGGAUUGCACCAUAAAUAACACAUUCCCAUUCA